AUGGGUGACGAUCUGACAGAAUAUCCAAUAAAUCGUGUACGUUUACAACCAUGUAGUAUUUGUGGACGACAAUUUAAUACAGAAUCAUUGAAAAAACAUCAAUCUAUUUGUCGACAAGUAACAACUAAAAAACGAAGAGUAUUUGAUGCUGGAAAACAACGAGCUGCAGGUUCUGAUGUUCCAUACAAAGCAACAAAAAGGACAAUGCAGAUAUAUCAAGGUGAAGUUCGAGCCCAAGAUGAUAGGUCGAAACCAAAAUCAAAAGCUAAUUGGAGACAAAAACAUGCACAAUUGAUUCAAUCGAUACGUGAAGCUCGAACUGUUACUCGUGCUAUAAAAGAAGGAGGACCAUUACCAGCUUUUCGACCGAGUGAAAUUCCAUCAGAUUAUGUUGCGUGUCCUUACUGUCAUCGUAAUUUUAAUGAACAUGCUGCUCAACGACAUAUACCUUUUUGUCAAGCGCAACAUGAACGAAAACAAGUACAACCAUCUAGACCUAAUCAACAAUUUGAUAGAGGACGAACUCUUCCUCCACCGAAUUCAUUUCCACACAAACAGCAAUCAUCUCAUUCAGGCAUGCGUACAGGUCCUCAUGAUGUUUAUAAUAAUGGUUAUAAACAUAGUAAUUCAGCUCCUAUGCUGGUGCGACGAAAUCCAUCUGAAUUACAACAUCCACCACCACCACCACCACUGCGUAAACCAACAGGUGGUGUUUGGGGAGGUUUUAAAAAAUUAUUGGGUUUCAAUUCUAGAGAAGAAGAAGAACCAAUAUCUUCAGUUAAUUAUUAUCCACCCGAAGAUGAAUAUGAUUAUGAACCACCUGUUCAUCGACGCGGUCAACAACCGGUGCUUAUGCGUACAGGACGUACUCAAGAGAAUACAGGUUUAAAUGUACGUGCUCGUCAAAAAAACGAUGAAACAAGUUCAUACAUGCGUCGAGGACCACCUCCACCAGCUCAUCCUCCUUCUACAUAUAGUCAAACACGAAAUCAAUAUGGUAAUGGCCAAUAUAAUUCCACACGACCAACUGCUGUUGGAAGGCCACCACAACCACCACCAUCCGGAAAGCGAUGUAAUGAAUGUGGUGGUAUCUUUCACAAUCCAUCCGCUCGUUUCUGUGCUCAGUGUGGUUCCAGACGUUAA